AUGUUGCACAACAGUCGAUUAUUGCUGCGAGGCUUCGUUGCCGCGUGGCUGGGCUGCGCGGUCUGCGCGCAGACAGAGGCACCGGCGUCGUCGACCACGGCUCCAGAGAUUCCGACGGCCGUGUCCAGCUGCCAUGCCCAUGGCGCAACGCAGUACUGCGAGGCUGGGACGGAAGAGUACCCCAUCCUGAUGGAAGCCACGCCGACGGGAGAGUUGCCGUCGGAGUACACUGGCUGUCACGCACAUGGAAGCGAUGCGUUCUGUUUCGCUCCGGAUGGCAGUGAGGUCCAGUUGGUGAUUGAGACAUCCGGGGCCGAGGAGCCGGCGGAUGAGCACUCGCACGGUGGAGAGGAGGAGGGUAACGGCUGUCACUUCCAUGCCGGGGUUGAACACUGCCCUGGACAAGAAGAGGUGUCGUGUGAGCGCACGGACAGGGACUACAACGUGCCCCUGAGAAUCGGACUGCUGUUUGUGAUUCUGGUGACGAGUGGUAUCGGCGUGUUCUUGCCGAUUGCCAUUGCCAAGUUCAACCUCCCGUUCCAGCAGGGAAGCCUCAUGGUGGUCAAGCAGUUUGGCACCGGAGUCAUCAUCUCGACGGCAUUUAUCCACCUAUUCACGCACGCACAACUGAUGUUUGCCAACCAAUGUCUCGGGGAGCUGAGCUACGAGGGCACCACAGCCGCCAUUGUCAUGGCCGGCAUCAUCGUCUCGUUCCUGAUCGACUACCUGUCCCACCGCGUCGUGUACUGGCGCCGCAGCCAGGCAAGCGACCGCGACUCGGAAGCACCGUCGACAAACGACGGCAGCGACACAGCGGCGAAGAGCUCAGUCACAAGACCCGACACCAGCACCGCCCUCGCGCCAUCCCACGGCCACGGACACGCAACGCCAGGCGAGUGGCAGACGGAUACGCUGACGGUGGCAUCUCUCGAAGCCGGAAUCCUGUUCCACUCGAUCCUGAUCGGACUGACGCUCGUGGUGGCGGGCGAUUCGGGGUUCAUCACGCUGUUCAUCGUGAUUGUGUUUCACCAGAUGUUCGAGGGACUCGCGCUCGGCAGCAUGAUUGCACAGGUCCCGUCCGGCCUGCUGGCGACGUGGAAGAAGUGCGUGAUGGGGCUUGCGUUUACGGUGAUUACGCCGAUUGGCAUGGCGAUUGGGAUUGGGGUGUUGAAUCACUUUAAUGGCAAUGACAGGAGCACGAUUGUGGCGAUUGGCACGCUGGAUGCGUUCAGCGCGGGCAUCCUGGUGUGGGUGGGCGUGGUGGAGAUGCUGGCCAAGGACUGGAUGGAGGGCCCGUUGCUGAAUGCCGGAGUGGUGCGCACGCUGCUUGCGGGCACGAGUCUGGUGGCGGGCCUGGUGGUGAUGAGCGUGCUGGGGAAGUGGGCGUGA